AUGGGAAGAGAUCCCCGAAUCUUCCAGAAUCUCCCAGAAUCUUCCAGGAUCUUCAGAAGGCAGAAUCUUUUGGUGCUGGUGCUCGAUCUUCCUCAGGUAGGAUCCUCCCAAGGCAGGAGCCCUCAGACAAGAUCUUUCUCAGUUAGGAUCUUCCUCAGGCAGAAUCUUUCUCAGGCAGAAUCUUCCUCAGGCAGAAUCUUUCUCAGGCAGAAUCUUCCUCAGGCAGAAUCUUCCUCAGGCAGAAUCUUUCUCAGGCAGAAUCUUCCUCAGGCAGAAUCUUUCUCAGGCAGAAUCUUUCUCAGGCAGAAUCUUCCUCAGGCAGAAUCUUUCUCAGGCAGGAUCUUCCUCAGGCAGAAUCUUUCUCAGGCAGGAUCUUCCUCAGUUAGGAUCUUCCUCAGGCAGAAUCUUUCUCAGGCAGAAUCUUCCUCAGGCAGGAUCUUCCUCAGGCAAAAUCUUUCUCAGGCAGGAUCUUCCUCAGGCAGGAUCUUCCUCAGGCAGAAUCUUUCUCAGGCAGGAUCUUCCUCAGUUAGGAUCUUCCUCAGGCAGAAUCUUUCUCAGGCAGAAUCUUCCUCAGGCAGGAUCUUCCUCAGGCAGAAUCUUUCUCAGGCAGAAUCUUCCUCAGGCAGAAUCUUCCUCAGGCAGGAUCUUCCUCAGGCAGAAUCUUUCUCAGGCAGGAUCUUCCUCAGGCAGGAUCUUCCUCAGGCAGAAUCUUCCUCAGGCAGGAUCUUCCUCAUGCAGAAUCUUCCUCAGGCAGGAUCUUCCCCAGGUUCUCGUCAAAGUCAAAACCUUUAUUCUUAAAUGGCUGUGCAUUUAUUACUGACUUAGUUCAAGGGCGUUAUUCAUUUAUACAAUGUUUGGAUAAUAAUUUGACCUUGACACUGACCAUAAUAAUUACUUAAUUAUAACUUAUAUGCAGUAGUCCAAUCUACACUAUUUCAUGUACAUUAUUCAUCUACACAAGGAAAGGUAUUAAUAAUACCCUAAAUUUUGCUCAUUCGAAUUAUAAAUUAUAUGUUAUAGACUACAAACAGCAAAGCAAAUUAUAACUAUGCUGAAUGAAUUUCAUAAAUUGUAAUUAAAAAAAAUCAUAGACAGGAGACAGUAUAUAAAGGAGAAGAUAAUUAGGAAAUACACAAUUUGAAACAUGACUUAAUUUAACUAAAUAUAUCAGACAAUGUAUAUAUAUUUGCACAGCCUCUGCAUUUAACAUUGAAAUUAAAAUUGAAAUAAGUUUAUUGAGAUAAAAUACACUCAUUUUACAUCAUCCACAGAUUAAUAGGAUAUCCUAGAUCAAACUGUUGUUAUAUGU